AAAUGCAAUUGUCAUAUUUUGUAUAGUGUCAAGUUAGGUAGCACUUCGCAGACUGUAGCUAGUGUACUAUAGUUAAAGAUUCGUCGUAAACAAAUAAAAUAACGAAAAUAAACCUAAUGUGGUGAGGUAAACGGUAAUAUAAAUAUGGAGCUCAUUUAUUCUAUGAGACGUAAGCCCCUUAAAUGUGAACCCCCACAUUUUAAUAGCACAGACCCAGAAGUAGUGCGGCCAAUAUGCACCAUAUCAAUACGCAACAUCAUAGCGUUCUCAUCACUUACGGAACUGUCCGACACUGAUGGUGACACCUGGGGUGGUCAUGUGUAUGUUUGUGAUAUUGACACACCCUGGGACGCACACAAAGUCACCAGCACCGUACAUCCUGUUUCAGCUCUAGAAUGGGACGGUGAAGGCAAGCAGCUCCUGGUCGCGACUACCGUCGGUGACGUGUCUGUGUUUGGACAGAAAGACUACCUCCUUAAUGAGUGGACUUGUUUAUAUACAGCAAAUUUUCCAGGAGAGCACAUCAUCCAAGCCACAUUCUUCCACAAUGGCCGCAGAGUGGUCACUGUGGAUAAGAAACCAGAUGUCCCUAUAUAUGAACGAAUGCAGUUGUUGAGGUCUACACCUACUUUGAAAGGAUUCGGCGGCGUGUGGUGCGCGGGCGCGUGCGUGGUGUCUGGUUCAGGGCUGGUGGGGGCGCUGACGGCGGGGGAGGGAGGCCGGGCUCUCGUCGCCACGGACUGUAUGAGGCCCGCCCGGGACCACCUCUCAUCGGCGUCCAUCACACACAAGACCGGCAGUAUGUUGAUCGCUGCAUGUUUCCGUCGUGGCUGUAAGCGCGCAGUCCGCGUCGCCCGCUGUACGGUGUCCAGGCCGAGCUCCUCCAAAUGCGCUCCUGUGUGUAUCCAGCUGCAGCCGCUGCCGACGGUAUACUUGGAGGAUGACGUCACUUCUGUGUCCAUAUCGUGGUGGCUGAGGGACGACACCGACGCCCUGCUGAUCGCCUCACACAACCUGACCCUGUGGAAGAUGGUGGAGAGGUCACACCCGCUGCACAAACUCUUAGCUAAAGGUCCGGUGCAAGGCAGUACGACCCCGGGAGGGGGACCCAAGACAGGGGACUGUUUUAAUACCAUCGUGUGGCAGCAGGCGGCAUCCUGGCAGCUGGAGGGUUCCUCCCCCGCCACCGCCGUGAGCGCCGCCCGCCACGCCGCGCCCGCGCUCGCCGUGCUGGUGACCUCGCGGGCGAUGCACUUACUCACACGAGACUCGCACCACUAUCUCGUGUCCCGUCCUAUUAUAACGGGCGGCUCUUCCGAGGUCAGCUCGGAGGCUACUCCUCCCAAGAAAGCCAACUAUGGAGGAACAGUUCCCAGCGGCGCCCCCUGCGCGACCGUGCACAGCGUGGCCAUGUCGUGGCUGGGGGCCGUGUGUGUGGCGCUGGACACGCACUCGCAGAUACACGUGUAUAGACUACAACCGCAAGCAGACAUGUCGUCGUCUCAGUUCGUCUCUCAGGCGGUGAGUCAGCUGGAGUACGGGCUGGUGGCCGGAGUGGACACCAGGGACGUGCUGCUCACUGUGGGCGGAGUCAGCGAGGGCGUGUACGAGAGACUAACAGAAAAUUUCCAAAGACAGCCGGCCUCCUUCCAGCAGUACUUCUAUCACACCUGGCUCCGGCUGAGGAUAGCUCUGUGCUGGUUAUCUCCGUCGUCGUCGUGCAGCGCGGCGUCCCUCCAGUCCCUCCAGAGCGCCCUGAGCGUGUGGGCCGCGUGUGUCGCGGGGCUCCGGGACGACCGCGGGGACUCCGCCCUGCUCGCCGCGCUCGCCAACGACGACCUCAUCGCCGACGAUAAGAAUCUCCUCGCACUGGAGGCGAAAGCGGAUCUAUCGAGUGAGGCGACCAGUCAAGCGCUGCAGCCGCUCCAAGCGCUGAGGCGACUGUUGCAGCGAGCGCUGAACAUAGCGCUCACUAUGCUGGCGUCGCUUCAGCCCUCUAACUUACAUCAGCUGCACACACACAACGUGUACGAGCUGUACUCGGACCCCGUGGCGGUGUCAGUGCUGCGGCGGCUGGUGUGCGUGAGUCGCGCCUGCGGCCGCGGCGGGGACCCCCUCAGCCGCCCGCUCGCCAGGCUCGCCUCCGCUCACAAGCCGGACCUGAUAGAAGAGUGUAUGUCCGUCUGUUUGUCGUGGACGGCCCGCGAAUGGGAGGGACCCCCACGCUGCUGUGUGUCCGCCCCCCACCCGCGACAGCUACCCCUAUAUUUGGAGUACGGUGUAGAGCCGGACAUGUUGCGUUACGUCCCCGAGCCGCCUCCGCACGCUCAGUCCGAUACCUCGGCGUCACAAGACAUGGACUCCAUCAGGUACAUGUACCUGGGCGGGCGCGGUCGCGCCGCUCGCUGGCGGCAGUGCGGUCGCUGCGGGGCGCGCGCCCUUCCGGAGCCCCGAGCCGCGCCUCACGCCCUGCAGAGGGCUUAUGAUGGAAGAUAUCUAGCACACUGCAGAUGUGGAGGGAACUGGACGCUCGUGUCUAACGUCUGAAUCAAGUUAGGAUCCAAAUAUUAUAAUAAUGUAAAUAAAAAAUAACUUUGGA